AUGGUUCGACGGGGCGUCGAGGCUGCGAAGCCCGAGGCGCUCAUCGCCGAGGCGCAGGUGGCGUGUUUCCACGACCGCGAGUUCCCCGUGAGCUCUUCCGACACGGCGCUGGUCCUCAUCGACAUGCAGACCGACUUCCUCAGCAAAGACGGACGGCUCGGGAAGAACUACAGCGACCCGCGCGUCAAGCAGCUCGCCGCGACGGAGGCCAAGGUGGCGACGCUCCUCGCCGCGGCUCGCCGCGCGGGAAUGACCGUCGCGCACAGUCGCUCCCACAGGUACGGCGCCGACGUCAGGCGCGAUCUUUGCGUCCCGACGAUCGACCCGACCUACGACCUCGUCGAUUCGUGCCGCCCGCUCCCGGGCGAGAUUGUCGUCGACAAGUGGACCUUCGGCGCGUUCGCGAGCACCGACCUGGAGACGCAGCUGAGGCGAAGGGGCGUGCGCCGGAUCCUCCUGGCCGGCAUCCUCACCAAUGUGUGCAUCAUGGCCACGGCGGUGCAGGCGGUGGACAGGUUCUUCAGGGUCUGUCUCGUCGAAGACGCGUGCGGGGCGUUUGACGCGAGGUGGCACCAACACGCGGUGGAGCUCAUAAACGGACCGCAGACGCUGAAGGAGAACCAUCACAACUCCGUCGGGCUGUACUUCGGGGAGGUGGCGAAGCUGAGCGACGUGGAGACCGCGCUGGCCAAGUGCGGCGGUGGCGCGGCGGUGUGA